AUGAUCACGGCGGCUGUUCCUGUUCGCCUCCUCAUUAUUAUUGUUCUUUCUCUUUUCACCCUUACCUUCUCCAUAACCGAAAAUGAGGCUCUCCUCAAACUCAAAGAUUCUUUUUUAUCAACUGGUGUCUUGGAUUCUUGGGUUCCACACACCAAUGCUUGUAAGGAUAAGUGGGCUGGUGUCGUUUGUUCCAAAGGAGCGGUUUCAGGAAUUAAUCUUCGAGAUAUGGCUAUCGGGGGAGUUAUCGACGUUGAUGCCUUAAACGAGAUUUCUGGCCUUAGAACCAUUGGUUUCCAGAACAAUUCUUUCUCAGGUCGCAUCCCGGAUUUCAAUAAGCUUGGUGCGUUGAAGGCUCUUUUCUUGUCAAAAAAUCAGUUUUCGGGUGAUAUUUCAAGUGAAUUUUUUUCCCGCAUGACAUCUAUGAAAAAACUUUGGCUUGAUAAUAACAAAUUUACGGGAAAAAUACCCGAUUCCGUAACGAAACUACCCAAUCUCAUAGAACUCCAUCUUGAAGGCAACCAAUUCUCAGGUCCAAUUCCAGCACUGAAACAAACCACAGCCAUUACAUCGUUGGACCUCUCAUACAACAAACUGGAAGGAGAAAUCCCGGAAAGCUUUUCAAGAUUCCCCGCUGAUUCAUUUCGAGCAAAUGAUAAACUUUGCGGAAAACCACUAAAUAAUAAUUGCACUACAAAAGUAAACCAUUCAUCGACGCCUGAAGGGCCUGGACCGCUACCCAGCGAACAAGCAAAUUCAUCUGGUGAGGUCGGAACCGAUGAGAAGAGCCACAAGUUGGUGGUGGCAGCUGUAAUGCUUGCGUUUCUGAUAUUUUUCAUGGUGAUGUUUGUACUCUAUGCAAGGUAUAAGGAACGCGAUGAUUUUCGCGUGUUGGAAAAGGAAGACCUUAAUGAUGAGAUGGAACCUCGCGUACCUGGUGGUGAAAGCACCAUGGGAAAGCGUGGCUCGAAAUCAUCAAACCGUGGGGGAAAAUCAAUCGGUACUGAUCUGGUGAUGAUAAAUGAUGAGAAAGGUCCGUUCGGGUCGUCGGAUUUGAUGAGGGCGGCGGCUGAGGUGCUAGGCAGUAGUGGUUUGGGAUCUUCCUAUAAGGCUGCAGUGGACAAUGGAUUGACUGUGGUGGUGAAGAGGAUGGGAGAGAUGAAUAGAAUCGGAUCAAGAGAUGAUUUUCACGCUGAAAUGGAAAGAUUGGGGGCAUUAAAACAUCCUAAUAUAUUGACGCCUUUGGCCUACCAUUACCGCCGUGAAGAUAAGCUCAUUAUCUCUGAAUACAUUCCUAAAGGCAGCUUAUUAUACCUCCUCCAUGGUGAUCGCGGGAUUGGUCACGCUGAGCUGAAUUGGCCUACCCGUCUGAAGAUAAUCAAGGGAAUUGCAAGUGGAAUGGGUUUCAUUCAUUCAGAGUUUGCAUCGUAUGAACUGCCGCAUGGAAAUCUCAAGUCCAGCAAUGUUCUUCUGAACGAAAAUUAUCAGCCAUUACUAACGGACUAUGCCUUUCAUCCACUAAUCAAUCGACACAUUGCAACACAAGCAUUGUUUGCGUACAGAACCCCGGAGUAUAUUGAAAAGCAGCAAGUUUGUCCCAAGUCUGAUGUUUAUUGUGUGGGGAUUAUCAUUCUUGAAAUUCUGACAGGAAAGCUUCCAAGUCUAUAUCGGAACAAUGGGAAAACUGAUGUUUUGGACUGGGCCCGUUUGGCUAUAUCUCAGGGGAGAGAAAUAGACUUAAUCGAUCCAGAUAUAGCAAGUACAUCAUCGCUUGGUAUGAUGGCGCGACUCCUCCAGAUUGGGGCUGCUUGCACUGAAAGUAAACCUGAGCAUCGACCAGACAUAGGUGAAGCCAUAAGGAAGAUAGAAGAAGUACAAGUUUGA